AUGAGUUACGACCGUGCUAUUACCAUCUUCAGCCCAGAUGGGCAUCUACUGCAAGUAGAGUAUGCCAUCGAGGCCGUUAGACGCGGUGGUUGUAUCGUUGGAGUCACGGGGAAAGAUGUAAUAGUGUUGGCUGCAGAAAAAAAAGUGUCAAAUAAGCUACAAAACAACCAUACAGCAAAAAAAAUCCUUCAAAUCGAUGAUAAUUUGGCUCUCUCCUUUGCCGGUUUAAAUGCAGAUGCAAGAGUGUUAGCUAACAAAGCAAGACUCGAAUGUCAGAGAUAUAGAUUGAAUAUGGAAGAUCCGGCAUCUGUUGAUUAUAUAUCAAAGCAUAUAGCUAGACUUCAACAAUCAUAUACGCACAAGGGAGGAGUAAGACCCUUUGGAAUUUCAACAUUGGUAGUUGGAUUCCAAAUCAAUGGUGAUCCAGGCUUAUAUCAAACUGAGCCUGCAGGUAUAUUUUCGGCGUGGAAAUCAAAAGCCGUAGGUAAAAAUUCAAAGACGGUUCAGGAAUAUUUGGAAAAAAAUUACACUGAAAACUUAACAGAAGAAGCGGCAACAUUGCUAGCUAUAAAAGCACUGUUUGAGGUGGUGGAGGUAAAUACCAAAAAUAUCGAAGUAGCAGUUAUGAGAAGAUCGGGACUAAUGCACUUGGACGAUGAUUCACUUUCCAUUUUCAUAAAUCAAAUUGAAAGUGAAAUUAAGCAAUCUACUGAUGCUCCUAAAAAUUAA